AUGAUCGUUUUCUCCAAAUAUCAUACUCAAGCUUCUAUUUUCAGAUCGAUCCCCGACUCGAGCGAGUUAUCCUCUAUACAUCAUUGGAACUGGACAUUCUGGCAACAGUUCGAUCCCACCAGAACACUCCCUAACGGACCCCGCUGGCUGGAUCUUGCAGGUUUUCGGCAGAAAGACGGGUUUGCCUGGGAACGGUUUCGAGAGUGGAAACAGAGAUGUCGUGGGAUCGGUGAGCGUCCUAGACAGGCUUGGCAUGGCAACUUUAAGCAAUUUUGGGAGACGGAGGAGAGUGAUUGGGAUACAGUGACGGGAUCUUGGACUGGAGAGUGGGUGAAAUAUACAGGCGAUUUGAACUUGACAGAUGUGCGAAAUGCCAAGCAUCGAGCAAGAGACCUUCUGGGGGAUGGAGGACAAGUCACAGUGCAAUUUCAUGAUAUGGUCGCCGUCGAAACGGAAGUCUUCAUCACCACAGACAUGGAGUCUGAACUUGGUUAUUAUGGCGAAAUCUCACCCAACAGAGGGGUGAGACUUGUUCGAGAAGUCUCUGCCAGUAUCGCAAUACGAGGUGAUAAUACCAGCAGCGAUGACGAUGUCACAGUCAACGUCUACGGUGUACAUUGGCCUCGGAUCGGGGCCCUCCUGAUGACAACCACCAGUGUGAACUUCGCUGGAAUCUUUGGACUACCGCAAUUAGGUUUAGAUUGGGAGUAUUUCGUCACAAGCCGCAAGUUACUUAAUGAGACAAUUGGGAAGACACCCGCAGGAAUCAAUGCCACUUUAAGUGAGUGGGCGGAUCCGAAAAAAACAUACCCAGGAGCCAAGAGUCGAACGUCGACUUGCCAGUAUGUUGUCUAUAUACAGAUGCAUCCGUUCGAGAAACGGAAUAUGAGGAUUAAUAUCAGUGAGAUUCAUGGGGAUUAUAGAGAGUGUUGUUUUUAUGAUAAGGUUACUCAGCUGGGGGAAACGGAGUCUCCAAUGUCUGUUGCUGUCUUUUCGCCGGAUUGUGGGGUUUAUUAUGGAGACGAAGGGGCAGAGGUUGUCUUACUCGUGGAUUAA